AUGUCUUCCAACGAGCGAGCACGCACACUGUUUGCCAUACAGACUACAGGUACACAGGCUCAAGCGCUCAGUCCAGAGCAGUUUCAAGACCUAGUCAGCGCUGGUCAGAUCCAUGCCGGGCACAGUCGGGAUGGGAGAACAUUCUUGUCGACCGAUCGGGUUAAUUGGUUCCAGGUGAGACUCAUUAGGGUAGAUGAGGCCAACGCGGCUAAUACCGGGGCCAAUGUAAAUGAAGAGACCCCAAUGGUUGAGCAGCCUGAACAGCCUGAACAAUCUGAACAAUGUGAUGAGGCGGAUGAGACUAACGAGUUUGACGAGAUGGAUGAGGUGGGUACGACUGACGACAGCGACGAAGGUGAAGAUGAAGAUGAAGAGCCCGAGGGGCAUCCGCCGGUGGAAGAAAUUCAACGAUACUUGGAAGGUCAGCCCUUUACAUCCCGAGAAGACUUGAUAGUGAGAGCACUCACGAUGUACGAGGCAGUAGAUGAAAACGACUCGGGCAUCGAAGGAGCAAUUGCUCCAGGAGGGAGGGAUCGCGCGGAUGAGGCCAUCGAGGACCUCCUCAGAACUUCACCUGAGCCCGACGCCGUUGUUAUGGAGAAGGGUGAGUGGGAUGAGUGGGAAAGGAAUUCUGAGACGAAGUUCUGGCAGAGAAAUAAAGAUACUGGCGUGAGGGCUUCACUUGGCUUUCGAUAG